AUGGCUGGAUCCAACCGCCAAGCAGGCGAUGCCUCAUGUCCCGGCCGAGACGCGUCGUGCACGCGCACGCAAUCCAUCGCGUCUGGCAUGUCCGGAACACCGGAUGGAAGCGCGUGCGAGCUGGUCAGCGGGGCGGGUGUUUGCAGGACGCUGGAGACGACGUACCCCCCGCCCGACGCGCGACACUAG